ACGCCAUAUUGUUUCCGCUAAACCGAAUGUCUUUUUCUGUCAGGUUGUGAAGACCAGAGACUCCAGAAAUGCUUGCUAAAUUAAUAGGGCAGAAAUAUAUCUCCAUAGGAAAGGCGUGGGCUCCCACGCUGGCUGUAUGGGGAAGCGUUGGAGGCAUUGCAGUCAUUCACUUUACAGACUGGAGACUGAUCCUGGACUAUGUGCCCUAUAUCAACGGCAAGUUCAAGAAGGACUAGAUGUGUGCAAAUGUCUGGGUCCAACGUUCUGCUGCUGAGCGAAAGAUUUGAGACGGAUGUCCCAUCCAACCCGGCGAUAACUGAAGAUUCACGGCCGUAGCUCUGCUGCAUGCAACGGGCUCAUCGCUGUCUGUCUUGUGUUUAACAACGCGAAUGGAUGUUUUAUUUCUGGGCCAGUCCGUCUUCCUAUUUCUUUUGUCAUUUUCAAAUUACUUUGGUUGUAAAUGUAAAAUAAACCAGUUCUUGUCAUAUAAA